AUGGACGAACGUUCGCGAAGCAGAUCUCCCGGGAGGAGGUCUGGAGGCGACAGAGACCGCCCCAAGAAGUCCGGUGGGUUUCGGUGGAAAGACAAACGACGCGAUGACAACGACCGACCGGAAGCCGAUGAGCGCCGCUUGAAUCGAGGAUACAGGGAACGGUCCCCCCGGCGAGAAAGAGAGUCCGACCGACGCGAAGACCGCAACAGGGAAGGCGACCGCGAGCGAAGUCGUCCAGGGGGCGAUGAUAAGGAUGAACGGAAGGAAAGAAAGAAGGAGAAGAAGGAAAAGAAGAAGAAGGCGGCUGUCGCAGAGGCCACUGAGCCCACGAUGGUGGUCUAUGUCAAUGACCGUCUAGGCACAAAGGCUGCGAUCCCUUGUCUUGGAUCUGAUCCGAUCAAACUGUUCAAGGCGCAGGUCGCGGCAAGAAUUGGACGCGAGACUCAUGCAAGUCCUACUCAAACCUAG